AUGGACGCCUUACCAAUCAACAACCCAAAUCAACCAGCCUCAGGCAACAAACGCGUCUUCAGCUGCAACUCGGUCAUACUCUGCAUGUCCAAACUCGGAGCCUUCGAAACACCCGCCGAAGAGACCUACUGCGUAAAAAACCACGUCCCGGAAGCGCUCCAAGAAAUCUACCAACCAGCCAGCAAGCAACAGCACGAUGGAAUCAACGACAAAGACAGAAAGAAAUACUCAAAGCGAUUCCGCUGGGGACAACUAAAGAAAUCUCCUGCGUACGGACACAAUCAUGAAGAAUGUGAUUGUGGGUGCUGCGUGAGGUUGGGAGCGUAUUUGGAGAAGAUGCAAGCCACCUUGGCGGAGGUAGAGGGGAGGAAAUUGGGGCUCUGGACUUCAUUUACGCUGAGGAGACAGUUCGGGAUUAAGCUGAAUAAGAAGGGUUUGGUUCGCGGGAGAGUUGUGGUGGGUGAGAAGUCUGGUAGCGAAAAGGCGGAGUAG